UGAAGAUUAAAUCGUGCUGGAUUUCAAGUCCUUGUCUUUCUUGCUACUACGGCGGAUCUGGUCAUCCUCCGGCUUUCUCUGGACCAAUUCCUACCGGGACGUUGCUGUUCGGACCAUCCAGGACUCCUGGACAUUGACACAAGGACGCAUCAGCCGUGACAACACAACAUAAUUGACACUGGCGUUGGUCGCCGUAAUCAUCACCAGAGAACUUGGGUGCGAAAAGAAGGUUGACGCUGUUGUUGUCGGUCCCUGCGCUUGGAGUUCAACUUGACCGCCUGGACCCCACCACCGCCGUUUCCCGCCUGCGGCUCGGGCACGGGCACUGGCACUGGCACCUCAACUCAUAUUGGGAAGAAGCGGCAAGGAGAACCAGGCGGCGAGGACAAGACGAGUCAGUCACUUCAAGUUGGUAAUGCUUGGACUGGACCUCAGCUGCGGUGCCUACAGAACACAGUACGACCAUAUCGAGCGAUCACCGUCGCCGGGGUCAGAGGUUUCAUUGACCGCCUGCGCCUAUACACAAACUGCGGGUCUCGGAUUGGGCAUCAACGUCAAUCAUCCUCCCUAGAUUUUGUCCUUUGGGCGUUUCCCGAAACUUGGAUCCGGCACCAAACAAACAGUCACCUCGACUCGCUCCCUCGCUUGCUGGUCGUCGACAUUCCUCACUCCUGUUCCUAUUCUCCCACUUAUAAUCUCUUUGCGAGGAUAACGCACUAGCGCUGCGGGAGAGCUGGUGCGUCUCCUUAUAAGUCAAAGAGAUCCCCAGCAGCUCUGCUCUGGUUGACUCUCGGCUCCUCGCAUGUGCCACGGCGCCUCUGGCCGACCCUCCCUCGUCCUCCGUCGCUUGUCUCUGCCCACCCCACGGCUCCACCACCUGUUUUGGAACAUCCCAAACUUGAGAACCACAUUUCCGGCGAGCGGUCAACGGGUGGACAGACAGGUUUACGAUCCACGGUCCACCUCCGCACAUUAUUUUCCCAGCUCUGAAGAGCAUUCAUCCUUGCGCGCAUACUCCGGACCUGGCCACCUGCACUGUCCGGAAUUCCCAAGUUAUCUCGUUCAGCCUUCCCUCAGGGGUGGGUUGGGCGCGGUAUUCCUUGACCUCGCUCGAGUCCAAUGGGGUCCUCCGGCCGUCAAAGUCACACCCACAUUGACAUAACUCACGUCCGCUCCCGUUCCCCUUCUCCCAUCUCACAAGGCGACGACGAGCUGCACGAGCACGGCGUGCAAGUUUCGCCCGCUGAGAUAUCCCCUCAUUACUCUGACAUCCAGAUCACCCAAAGUCAAAGUGGAUCAGGGUCGCUUCCCGGCGAUUUUGUCCACCUGGAAUACCCUCCCGAGCUCCCCGAAGGCGAUGGCUCAGACCUGGCAUCAAGGAUAGAUCAUCGGGAGAGGGUGCCAGAAUACGAGUCCAGAUCCAAUUCUAUGCGCCGCCAGCCGUCGCGCCGCCAACCAGCACGACGCGACACCACACACAGCCGAAAACGGGAACUACAAGAUACAUCACCUACUGAGAGCGGAGACUCUACUGAAGAAUUCCUGGCCAGGCGAGAUUUAGGCCCUGGCAUGCCGCGGCCUCAAUCAUAUUAUGCGCACAACGGGUACCCUCACAGCAGUUCCUCCGCAUCGUAUACAUACCCUGCUGUGCCACACGCAAAUCAGAUGAUACCGGUGCCACCGCAACCAAUGGCGGCACCAUUUCCACCUCCAUAUCCUCCUAUGGCUCCUGGUCAGCCCGUGCCAUUUCCCGCGCAUUCAGGAUACGGCCCGGGGUUUGGUCAUCAUGCCCCGUCCCAAGUGAGUUCACCAUACACGGUGUCUCCGUAUGCUGCGGGGACCAUGGUCAACUAUGGAGCACCGCCUCCUGGAGGUUACUUUCCACCUCAAUACCCUCCUCAGUUCCCGGGGCAGCAGUAUCCCCCACACUUAUUUCAGUAUCCCCAGCAAAUGCCUUUCCCUUACAUGGAUUACCGGAUGGCUCCCCCUCUCGUCCCCUCGCCUCAGCCUGGCUCGGCCACCGCGUCGGUCGACAAAUUCGAGGUCAAGAAGGACGCAGAUCCAGAAGAGAUGUUCAAGCGCUUCGCCGAUUUGAUGAAGGAAGAACGCGCCCAGGCAGAACUAUCUAAAGAAGCGCAAGCAGCAGAAAAGGCAAAGGCCGAUGCUGCACGGGCCGAGCAAGAAAGCCGGAUUCGGGAACAGGCCCUUCGUCAGGCGGAAGAGAGAGCACGAGAAGACGCCAUACGGGCCCAAGAAGAGAAGCGGAUCCGUGAUCAAGCUCUAAUACAGGCGGAAGAGAGGGCGCGAGCAGAAGCUGCCGCAGCUGCUGCACGUGCGGAGGAAGAACGGCGCAUACGAGAAGAGGCAAUCCGGGCGGCCGAGGCUAAAGCCCGUGCUGAUGCUGCUGCGAUGGCCGAGCGUAUGGCCGAAGAACAACGGAUUCGGGAAGAAGCCAGACAAGAGGCAAUCCGAGCGUAUGAGGAGAAAGUUCGGCAAGCGGCUGAACAGGCCGCUCGGGAGCAACAGAUUCGGAAAGAGGCAGCAGAGGCCGCAUUGAAGGCGGCCGCCGAAGAGGCUCAGGCCAAAGCCGAGAAAGCGGCAGCGGAGAAGAAGAUUGCCGAUGAAGCUGCGGCUGCGGCCAAAACAGCCGCCGAAAAAGAGGCCGCCGAAGCUGCGGCCGCGAUCAAGGAGGAGGCCCGGAAAGCACAAGAAGAAGCGCAGGCCAAGCUUAAGGAGGCCGAAGAGGCCGCAGCUAAGGCCAAGGCCGAAGCAGAAGAAGCAGAAAAGAAGGCCGCCGCCGCCGCCGCUCCGGAGAAGAAAGCGCCGGUGAGGUUCAAAGAUGCCAUUGGGCGUAACUACAAUUUUCCUUGGGAACGAUGCUGCAAGUGGAGAGAUAUGGAAGGCCUCAUCAAUCAAGCCUUUGCACAUAUUGAGGGUCUUGCGGAACAUGUCAUGAAUGGGCGCUACGACUUAAUCGGGCCUGAUAAGGAAAUCAUCAUGCCCAACUAUUGGGAAUCCAUCGUCCAGCCCGAUAUGCACAUCACGAUGAUGAUGUGGCCUAUUCCCGAGCCCAAGCCGGAAGAGCCACCGGCUCCUCCUGCAUUGGACGGCGACGCCAUCAUUGCACUUGAUGAAGAAUUGAACCCGAGGAGGGACAAGAAAGCCAAGAAGAAAAAGCCUGGUGGACUGGCUGCCUGGAUGCUGGGAGGCGCUCCCCCUCGGUCCAGCCGGUCUUUAAAAGGUGAAAAAAAGCCUGAUGUAGCCGCGAAGCCUCAGCAUGGUGCCACCGAACAAGGUGCAUGCAUCGUUAUGUGAGUGGCUGACUCCGGUUGACCUUCGCGGACUGCAACGGUUCGAGAUUCCGGGAUUAGGAAGUGCCGGACGAGAUGAUCAGAAAGAGUGGAAGCCGGGGUGGUUUUGUCCAUUUCUUAUCCAUUGGGGCUCUUAGGCCUCGAAGGGACUUUCCUGGUCCCUUCUUUCUCGGUUCUUCUUUUUCCCUUUAUCUCCGAAUCAGGUCGGUCUGCGAUGUUGACAGAGAGGAAGUCUGCUCACAUAGGCUACAUCAGGAGGCAUGGCUUUUUCCUCCCGAAGCCUCGGGAUCGGUUUUUCAUGCCUCGGGGGAGAGAGACAGUGGGUGCAAGGAUAUUGUGUCACGUUGCGACGAUUUACGACGGCAAAGAUUCGAGCGGGUGUUGUUCAAAAUACAUUUAGGACCCGGUGUUGGUUGUUUUUGAACGGCUGGAUUUCAUUGAAGGUGAAGCCUGCGAUGCAUUAAGCAUGUAAGAGCGGGAGCGAGAGAGCGCGCGGAUGCAAUUGACCUUUAAAGAUUGAAGGCGAUGAUCGAAGAGGCAUGUUCUGCCAGCCUCAGGCGUUUGGUGCUACCUUCAUUGCGAGAUACCUGGAUGUGUCAUUGUUCCAGAGAGGCAGUGUCAGUGGCACUCUCUGAAGGGUAUACGGGCUUGAUCCUCCAUUCAACGACUUUGAACACGUCUGACACUAUGGCGUGAGCAUCUUAAUAUGGAGCAACUAUUCUUCUGCUGUGUUCUCACGGCCUUGUGUGACAGUAGGCAGCUUUGGUAGCUCACCGUAUAUAUGCACCCAAAGGUACCUGGUAUAUUGGUGAGCAC